CCCGGCGGCGGCGGUCGCUAGGCUGCUGAGGCAGUGCGGAGCACGGCGGCUUGCCAUUGGCUGGCGAGCACGGCUCCUUUGAAAAAGGUGGGACGCGAUUGGCCGCGGGGAAGGGGUUCCGUUCCCGGCGGAGCGGAGCGGAGCAUCGCCGGAGGCGGACGCGGGAGCGGAGGAGAGCUCGCGCCGCGGCGAAAUGAGUUUUUAGCUAUGUGAUAAUAGUGAUACGCAAUGCCUGAUCAGGACAAAAAAUUGAAGAGCACAGAAAAAGCAACAGACAAAAAACCUCAUGGGAUGUCUAUGAGGGAUUAUUCUGAUCUUAAAAGACUUCAGUCUCUCUUAAAUGUUCAGUCAAGGAACCGACAGCUUCCAGCUAUACAUUUUGGAAGUGGUCAAACCAGUGUGACAAGAGCUUGGCAAAAUGUCAAAAGCAGUGAACAAAAUGCUCAUGGUCAAUGGCAAGAAUCAGUAGAAGCUGCUGAGCUUGAAAACUUUAGUGUGACCUACAAGAAUGAGAGAAAUUUUAGCAAACAUCCCAAACAUAAGCUGUUUCAAGAGAUCUUUACAGCUUUAGUUAAGAAGAGACUUACCUGCAGGGAGUGGGUUAAUCAAGCUUCUUCCAUCCAUUUUCUCAGAGUGUUAAUCUGCCUGAGAUUAUUAAUAAGGGAUCCAUGCUAUCAGGAAAUGCUCCACAGCUUGGGUGGGGUUGAAAACCUAGCUCAGCAUAUGGAAACAGUAGCAAACGGCUAUCUUGAUUAUGGAGAAGAGCACUAUAAUGUGGACAAGUUGGUCAACAUGACAUACAUUUUCCAAAAGCUUGCUGGUAUUAAAGAUCAAAGAGAAUGGGUUACAGCAAGUGGAGCACAUAAAACCUUAGUAAAUUUGUUAUCUGCCAGAGACAGCAAUGUGCUUUUGGGUGCCCUCCUUGCUCUGACUAGCCUAGCAGAGAGUCCAGAAUGUAGGGAGAAGAUAAGUGAACUCACCAUUGUUGAGAACUUGCUGGUGAUAUUACAUGAAUACGAUUUGCUUUCUAAAAGGGUCACAGCAGAGUUGCUACGUCUCCUCUGUGCGGAGUCACAAGUUAAAGAGCAAGUAAAAAUGUAUGAAGGAGUUCCAGUCUUGCUCAGUUUGCUCCAUUCUGAUCAUAUCAAACUUCUAUGGAGUAUAGUUUGGAUUCUGGUACAGGUUUGUGAAGAUCCUGACACUAGUGUGGAAAUCCGGAUUUGGGGUGGAAUCAAGCAGCUCCUUCAUAUAUUACAAGGGGAAAGAAUUCUUGUUUCUGAUCGGUCUUCAGUUGGAAGUUUAUCUAGUGCAAAUGCAGCAGGGAGAAUCCAUUGUCUUCAUUUGUCAGAUGGUUUGAGUCCUGAUGAGAUGCAAGAAAACACUUUUUCACUUCAAGCAGCUUGUUGUGCUGCAAUUACUGAACUGGUGCUCAAUGAGACUAAUGCUUACCAAGUUGUACAGGCAAAUGGAAUAUAUACAAUAGCCAAGCUGAUUUUACCAAACAGUGAAAGGAAUGAUGAAAAAGCUAAUUUAUUACAGUGCUAUGCUUUCAGAGCCCUGAGAUUUCUCUUCAGUAUGGAAAGAAAUCGCCAUAUCUUUAAAAGACUUUUCCCUACUGAUUUAUUUGAAAUCUUCAUUGAUAUUGGACAUUAUGUGCGUGAUAUCAGUGCUUAUGAAAAGCUGGUGUCAAAGCUAAAUUUAUUAAAGGAGGAUGAAUUGAAACAAAUUGCUGAAAGUAUUGAAAGCAUGAAUCAGAAUAAGGCACCUACAAAACAUAUAGGCAAUUACGCAAUUUUAGAGCACCUUGGCAGUGGAGCUUUUGGAAGCGUAUAUAAGGUUAGAAAGCAUAAUGGACAAAAUCUCCUGGCAAUGAAAGAAGUCAAUUUACACAAUCCAGCAUUUGGAAAGGACAAAAAAGACAGAGACAGCAGUGUAAAGAAUAUUGUCUCUGAAUUAACCAUCAUCAAAGAGCAGCUUUAUCAUCCAAAUGUUGUACGAUAUCAUAGAACCUUCUUGGAAAAUGAUAGAUUGUACAUAGUCAUGGAGCUCAUAGAGGGAGUGCCACUGGGAGAACACUUCCACUCUUUGAAAGAAAAGCAGCAACAGUUUACAGAAGAGAGAAUAUGGCGAAUAUUUAUCCAGCUUUGCCUAGCUCUUCGUUAUUUGCAUAAAGAGAAAAGGAUUGUUCACCGAGAUCUCACUCCCAACAAUGUCAUGCUGGGGGAUAAAGACAAAGUUACAAUUACUGACUUUGGACUUGCAAAGCAAAAGCAAGAAAACAGCAAACUUGCAUCAGUAGUGGGAACCAUUCUGUACUCAUGCCCUGAAGUUGUAAAGAGUGAGCCGUAUGGAGAGAAGGCUGAUGUCUGGGCUGCAGGAUGCAUCCUUUAUCAGAUGGCAACUCUGAACCCACCGUUUUACAGCACCAAUAUGCUCUCCUUGGCAGCUAAGAUAGUAGGGGCUGCGUAUGAACCUGUGCCAGAAGGACUGUACUCUGAAAAAGUAUCAUUUACUAUUAAGAGAUGCUUGACUCCUGAUGCAGAAGCACGUCCAGACAUAGUGGAGGUCAGCUCGCUGCUGUCUGAUGUGAUGAUGAAAUACCUGGAUGCUUUAUCCACCUCCCAUCUCAUGUUGGAGAAGAAACUGGAUCGGGAGAGGAGACGAACCCAGAGGUACUUCAUGGAGGCUAAUCGAAAUGCAGUAACUUAUCACCAUCAGCUUUCCGUUUUAUCACAAAAAAAUUACAAGAAAUUGAGUCUUCAUAGCAGCAGCAGUGAAGCAGCCAGCUGCAAAAGGGAGUUUUCAGAAAAUACUGGCCUUCUAUCUGGAAGCUGUCAAUCUGCAUGUGGAAGAGAUGAGGAAAAAAAAUAUGAAGAAAUCCUUAUAGAGGAUCAUGGCACUUUACACAACUCUGAGAAAGAUAUGUUCUCUGAAUUUGAUGAUGAGCUGGACAUACUGGACAACUCCAGCAGCUCCAGUUCAAGUCACUUGAAAGAGUCUGCUAUUGGUAUAAUUAAACAAAGUUUUAGUCCUUCUGAAAGACAACCUUGUAAUAGAGAUUAUAUUGAAGGUCCAGGAUCAAGACUGCGACCAGCAUCAGCAGGAAUUGCUGUAUCACAAAGGAAGGUGCGUCAGAUCAGUGACCCUGUUCAGCAGAUUCUUAUUCAGCUGCACAAAAUUAUAUUCAUCACUCAACUUCCUCCAGCUUUGCAGUGCAACUUGAAAAGGAGAAUCAUUGAGAGAUUCAAGAAGUCACUUUUCGGUCAGCAGAGCAACCCUUGUAAUCUGAAAUCAGAAAUGAAAAAGCUGCUGCAAGGUUCUCCUGAAUUGAUUGAGCCCACCUUCUUCACAGCAGAUUGGCCACUUCUCUCUUCAGGUGGAAAUAUGUUGCUUCUGGAUGACAGAAAAGGUAUUGUUGGCACUUCUGACAUAGCAGAAGGGAUGACGUAUGAACAGUUGCAGACUCUAAUUGAAGACGUUCUGGAGGAAAGUGGUUAUUACAAUUUCUUGUCUAACGGGUAUCUCUACUGUCUGAGGGGAACAAAGAACCAUCCAGCAAAAGAAGAGAACUUGUAAUUCUGAACAAACACUUCAGAAUUGUUCCUAAUGAGGUCAAUCUGCCUUCAGCCGAGGCUGUCUGAUUACCAAAGGGGCAAGCUUUGCUCAUUAAAUAGCAUCCAGGUGGAAUACCAAUGUGGGACAGCUUCAAGAGACCUCGUGUGAUAUUUCAGGAUGAUGCUGUUAACUUUAGCUUUGUUUACAGCAUGAGCACUUUACAAGGAACAUCGGGAAAGAUGCUUCCAGGUUUAUGCAGUAGGAGGAAAACACCAUUCCCAACAGUACAUAUCUUCUAUUUUUAUCAUUUCUUUUUAAAGAAUUGUUGCUUAGUCAUGUUUUCUGGAUUGAUAAUUCAAAGCCUGUAACCUUAUUUGUGUCCAUGUAUGUCUUCUAUGGGAAGAAAAUGAUCUUUGUAAUAUGACCAGACAGAAAAUAUAUGUAGGUUCACUACCAGAAUUAGAAAUGGAUUAAACACUAUCAGUAUGAUUUUAAUAUUUAGAUACUUAUGUUUGGAUAGUAGCAAAUGUUAAUGUAGGUAUGAAUUUUAGUAGUGAUUAUUUGCAACUGGCAUAGCUUCUGAAAUGAUUAUUUUAAAACCAGCUGGUUUUACUGCUAUUUCAAAAUGUCUGUAUAUGUCUAUCUUUAAGCACAAAUUUUAUAGAUCUGUGUAUAUAAAAUGUGUCAGACUUUUAUACACAUUUUCUAUACACGUUCAUUUACUGUUUAACAUUAAAUUAAAUACAUGUUUUGCUACUACUCAUAACUGUAGCACUUUCAGAAUUUCAAUAUUUAUUUACUCUGUAUUAAACAUAGAUAAAAAUGUCUUACUGCAGUAGCAGAGAAGCUAUUUUUGGUCCACAGUUUAGUAAGGAAUACUUAUUAAUUACAAAGGCUUUUCUCUACACUUGAUACUGUGGCAAUCAUAACUAUUGAAAAUAACCAGAAUGCACUUGGCGAUACAGCUUUACUGUCUCUGUUGAAAAUUUUUAACAUUAUGGCCAUCACAUCACUCAUAAGUAAUUUGAUACAGAUGUAUGUUGUAUACUCUUCAUAGGCUGGCAAAGGUUUGGUUUUUUUCUUUCUCCCAGUGGUUUGUAACUGUAAAUAACUAACUGGCAUUCGUUUUCUAACAAUUUAAGUGUAAUGUUUCACCUAUAAUGUGUGACUUCAACAUCCUGAAUCGUGAAGCAGUGAAAAAGGGCUCAAUAAGCAGGGUAAUAAAUAAAUAAAUAUCUAUCCUCUUUUCAUGUGUAUGCAAUGUAGAAAGUCGUUAGGUGCUAGCUUUGCAUCUAUACAAUGGUACAGUAGUGAUAGCAAAGGUCUGUUAAGGGUAAAGACAUAUGGUUCUUAAAGUACCACCAGCAGGUAGCUGCAGUUUCUGCCAUGAAUCAUCAUAGGUGAUGCAUUUCCUGCAAUGUUACCACUAAAAAUAAAUUCCUAUUCUAGUUCAGAGUGUUAGUAUUGCUUUGCUAGAAUGGAGGAAGGGAAUGCAUUACAGUUAAAUCUGAUGGAAUAUAAAGUAAAUGUAUGCUAUAUAUGGCUGCCAAUGGAACUGAUUACAUUGAUAUUUUAUCCAAAAAGACUUAGUUUAUGUUCAACCUUGACAUGGUUGCUCUACUCAAAUUGCAUAUGAAUUCUCAUAAUCAUUUUCCAUUAAAAUAGUGUAAAACCAAUCUACACUUAAAGUAACUUAUUUUAAUAUCUUUUUGCAGAAAUGCCUUACAACUUGCAUUGAAUGCCUUAGAAAUAAUUUGGACUUUAUUUCAAGUGUGUUUUGAAUUAUUGUUUAUAUUUUGUAUGGAUUUGUGUGGUGUUCGUUAAUACUUGAUGGCAUUUUUGUUGAGAAAUAGAGUAUAAUUAAUUACUCCUACUGUGUUUCUCUUAAUGUAUUUUUGUGCUGUUAACUUUGAAGCAAAUUUUGCGCUUGUUUUUGUGACUGUGAAAAGUGAAAUAUUGGCUGGUGGCCAGAGACUUCUCUCCCGUAGCUAGGAGAUAAGAGGUGGAUUGGUGGCACUUACAGCUGCAACCCCCAAGGCAAAUCAAAGCAGGAAAUCAGUGGUCUUCUGUUUCUUUCCUAAUGUUCACUAGAAUUUCUCUUUUUUCCCUCCUGCCUGGCUGCAACUGAACUGACAUACUGACUGUCAAUCUAGGAAAGAGUUGAUCCAUUUUACA